GUAGUUUGAAUUCAAAUUCUAAUAACACUAAUUAUUUUCUUAUGAUACCGGAUACCCCCACCAGCCACUAAAACCAAUUUUGUCGCAUUUGUUUAUAAAGAAGGAAGCUAUUAACUGUAAUAAUAAAAUACUAGUAUAAAUUUAUUGCAGAAGUAAUUAAUAUAAUGAAUUUUAUUUUUUGAGGCGAAUAAUACAUAUAUAAUUAUAUUAAUAUUAAUAUUAGUAUUAAAGUGUGAGAAAUAUCUUUUCCUCUCGUUUUCUUGGUCGACGCCCACAUAUCAUUCUCUCUCUAACAGCCCUUUUGGUAUUAUUAUCUGAGAGAAGAGGAUUCCGCAUUGAAGCAACAAUCGGAAGAAAAUGGCGGAUCAGCUAACCGAUGAGCAGAUCUCCGAAUUCAAGGAAGCCUUCUCGCUAUUCGACAAGGAUGGCGAUGGCUGCAUCACUACCAAGGAGCUUGGUACCGUGAUGCGUUCUUUGGGGCAGAACCCCACAGAGGCCGAACUUCAGGAUAUGAUCAAUGAAGUUGAUGCUGAUGGCAAUGGGACAAUCGAUUUCCCAGAGUUCCUCAACUUGAUGGCCAGAAAGAUGAAGGAUACUGAUUCAGAGGAAGAACUCAAGGAAGCUUUCCGUGUUUUCGACAAGGACCAAAAUGGAUUCAUUUCUGCAGCUGAGCUUCGACAUGUCAUGACAAACCUUGGGGAGAAGCUUACUGAUGAGGAGGUUGAUGAGAUGAUCCGUGAGGCUGAUGUGGAUGGUGAUGGGCAGAUCAACUACGAGGAGUUCGUCAAGGUCAUGAUGGCCAAGUGAGAUCCGAACAACCAAUUCUAAAUCUUUGAAAGUAUGAAAUAGACCAUAAAAGGAAUAAGGGCAGAUAAGUCUGAUGAGAUUUCUAUUUUCUCUUAGAUGUAUUCUUCUGGCAUUAUCAGCUUUAUUUUGGUGCUCACCUGUUUUUCAUUUUGCAUUGAUUUUUAAGUGCUUUUUUGUUAUUCAGUAUAUGCUGUUUGCCCUGUUCCUUUUUCUUAUGUCCGCUAUUUCUUGACAUUUGAUUGUAAGAACCUAUAACAGUUGGGCUGUAAGUAACUGCAUCAUCUUUGUGUCUGCUCA